GGCUUGUAUAAUUGGUCAGACAACAUUUAAACGUCGUCUCUAACAGUUUAUUAAAAACAUGUGGUCACUUAUAUUCUUUGCUUUACUGUCAGCAGCUACUGCUAAACCACGUCCAGGAGGACUUAUUUCACCAUGGAGUGCUCCUUCUUACUCACCAGUGAGUGUAGUCCAGCAGCCGACGGUGGCGGUGGCCCAGCCGGCGGUGGUCGCGCAACCUUACGUACACGCCGCUCCGGUCAUCGCCAAACCGGCCGCCACUAGCUAUGCUUCCUUCCAACAGAUCGUCCACCCAGUAUCAGUGGCUCAACCAGUGGUCCACGCCGCUCCCGUGAUAUCUCAACCGGUCGUACAUGCUCCGAUCGUAUCCCAACCGGUCGUGCAAACAGUUGCGCAACCAGUUGUACAAGCUCCCAUUAUUCAGCAACCAGUCGUGCAAGCGCCCAUUAUCCAGCAACCAGUCGUGCAAACCAUAGCACAACCCGUCGUCCAAAAGUAUCUAUCGGUCGGCUCGGUCGGCCACGGGUGGUAAAUGACAACCAUAGACAUGGAUUUAAAUAGAUCUUGCAACUACAUAUACUUUGCGUGUCAAUAUAUUUCUUUCCAAGGUUUAAAAAAUGCCUAAAAAUCUAUUUGGAAUGCAAUUAAAUUUUUGUAAAAAAACAGGUGCAAAUAAUUGACAAUAAAACAUUACAGAUGGUAUUUAUAAGAUAAUUUGGUGUAAAAGGCCAUUUUUAGUUAUUGUAACAUCAUAAUAACUAGAAAAAAUUUAGCACACAUAGUUUUCAUAUACAUCAAAGUAUUUGCAUAGUCUGUCUCUAUCUAUGUCUGUGUUAAAAUUUAUCACUGCCGAUUGUAAAUAAUUGUUUUAUUUAUACGUUGAGAUCAUGUCCGUGAUGUUGUUGUGAGGCCAAUAAAUUAUUUUAUCAUCCA